GAAGUUCGGAAGGGGUGCGCGUUCUCGACCAAUAUUAGUUAUGUUGAUAGCAUACCUAUUUAUUUUGUCCACGGACUAAGAUAUCCUAGUCCGUGAUUUUGUCAUGUUAUUCCGUGAUUAAAAAAUUGAAGUGAUAUAUAAUUUGUUCUGUGGUAUCAGUAAACAGUCAGCAAACCGUUUGCUUUCGUUAACUCCGCGAAAAUUCGCCAAGUGAUUACGACUUGGUUGAUAAUAUCAAAACGUGAUAGCUGUAAUCGUCAAUAAAACCUGUUUAAUAAUAUUCAAAUUUAAAUUUUUUAUUAAAUAUUUUAUUGUUUACUCACAUAUUUGUCAACUCAAUUCUUUAUAUUUAAACAAGACUGCUGUACUUUAAUUGGCCGUUAAUAUGUCCGCUGACGGGAGUACUAACCCCUUCAAGUAUUUUCUAGCUGGUGGUUUCGGUGGUGUGUGCACAGUGUUAGUGGGUCAUCCAUUAGACACUAUUAAAGUUAGAUUACAAACGAUGCCACCAGCUCAGUUAGGUAAAAUACCUAUUUACAAUGGUGCCUGGGACUGUGCGGUUAAAACUAUUAAGAGAGAAGGUUUUUUUGGUUUAUAUAAAGGUAUGGCAGCUCCAAUAACUGGUGUAGCUCCAAUAUUUGCUAUAAGUUUCUUGGGAUUUGGACUGGGGAAAAAAAUGUUUUCAUCUACUGGGGAUAAAAAAGAAAAUUUAACUCCCUCAAGACUAUUUUGUGCUGGAGCAUUUUCUGGUAUUUUUACAGCAAUCAUAAUGGUACCCGGAGAACGCAUUAAAUGUAUUUUACAAGUACAGGAAUUGGGUAACCAAAAAUAUGAUGGCCCAAUCAGUGUUAUUAAAAACUUGUACACUGAAGGUGGAAUAAAAAGCUUAUACAAAGGAACAUGCGCUACAUUACUUAGAGAUAUUCCUGCUUGUGGUGUGUACUUUACUACAUAUGAACUAUUAGUGAGAUAUCAAAAAAAUAAUAACUCGGAAGGACUCAUAAACACAAUAUUUGCUGGAGGUAUGGCUGGUAUACUGAACUGGUUAAUUGCUAUGCCUGCGGAUGUACUCAAGAGUCGUUUACAAAUCGCACCUGAAGGAAUGUACCCAAGAGGCAUUCGAGACGUAUUUGCAAAACUAUACAAAGAAGAAGGACUGAAAGCUUUGUAUGCCGGUGUGACGCCAGUCAUGCUCCGAGCAUUCCCUGCAAAUGCUGCGUGUUUCUUGGGCGUAGAGCUAGGGUUAAAGGGUUUAGACUUUGUUUUCCCUCCAAAAAAUAAUAAAUCACUAGAAAUUAACUAACAGAUAUUCCCAAAUGUCUUAUAACUGAGGUUCAUCAAACAAUUUUAGAAUUAUUGUUUGGUUUUAUAUUUUUUGUUGGGCAGUGAAAUGCCUAAAAUAUGUUUCGGGUGUUAUGGGUGAUCAUACUCUAUAUGUUUAUACAGGCUGUGUAUAGCAAAAUAGGUAUUAUAUGAAAUAAUUUAUUCUAUUUGUAUCAACAUUAAUGUUAUAUUAAGUUAAACUAUCAAUGAUUUAAUUGUUUUAGUUUAAAAUUGAUGGAAUAUAAUAUACUAUUAUGUGUGAAUUAUUUGGUAUGGUUGUAAUUAGGUAAAGACAAUAAUUUUAGCUUAGUUGAUUUCAAAGAAUUGCUAUUUACUGUCUUUUUCUUUAUAUGCAUACAGCUAUAUUUUUUCAAUUAAACUAUUGAUUUUAUUGUGCUUACUUAUGUGCAUAAUGAGAAUACAGGUAUAAAUAAUAUAUUUUAUUAUAUUAUAUUAUUAUUGUUAUAUUUUAUUUUAUCAUAUUAUGCAAAUAUUUAUUCAAAAAUAUAUUUGAUUGGAAAGUAGACACAAAUGGUUCUAUUUAUGGCAAUAUAAGUCAAUUAUGCAAAUUCUCAGUAAUUUAAUGUAUUUCUUAAAUUUUGUAAAGUAUAAAUAUUUGAAAUUUGACUCUAAAAUAACUUGUAAGUUUAGUCUUUUAACAAUUAUAUUUAUAUAUUCAAAAAUAAUUUGAUUUUGUUAUUAGCUUUUAAAACUGGAAAAAUUACAAAUAUUUUAUUCAAUUGAAAUUGGUGCUGAAUUGUUUCUUAAAAUGCUCCAAUUUAAAUUUAUAUUUGGUUAAUAUAACUUAUGCUUGUAGCAGAUACAGAACAUAUUUUUUAGCAGUGACUCGACGCUUAAAACGGGCUGCAGAUCAUUAUGGGAGCUAUUAUUUGAAUAAUUACAACUAUCAAAAUCAUGAAGACAAAUAAAUUAUUCAGUCAAAGUUCAUCACCUGAAUCUUUAAUUACUAAUGAUUUAUUGGCUAAUAACAGUGAACCAGUAGAAAUUCUAUUUGAGACAACUUUAUUUCCAUUAACAACAAUACACAAUAAAAAUAAACAUUUCUG